GCAAUUGUUCAGCCACCAAUUUGGCCGAGGUUUUCUAUGUCGACGGAGCGGGAAGGAGCGCGGCUCCCCGCACGCAGUGCAGUGUUCAUUGCCAGGUAUGGACCAGGAGCGAGCGCCAUUAUAUCAUCUGCGCAGUGAGGAGCUUUUCGUAUGCGCUCGCGCCCGGACUUCGUGUUUUUUUGUUGGCGCGACCCUCCCAAGUCAUAUGUAGUGAGGUCACGAACUGCGUUCUAUCCUAGCGUAGUACUCUGCGACUCGUGCCGCCCGGCGCCGUCAUCUCCUGUGUCAGUCUCCCUGCCAGCGCCCCGCAUCAAAAGAUGGCCACGACCGGUGGCUUCUUCUCUGUCGACGCGCCCCCCGCUCCGGAGGACGACGACGAUGCAGCGGAGGAGCAGAAGCGGCUCGUCAACCGGGCACGACUGGCCCUGCACGUGGACCGCGAUGUUAGCGACGUGCAGAAGCGUGCUAACCAGUUCCAGGCCAAGCUGAAAAAAGCGAUCAACGAGUCCGAGCCGGGCACGGUGAAGUGGAACAAAACGGCAAGCGGCAGUGGGAGUUUUUUGUCUACCUUUAUCAAUAAGCGGCAAAGCAAGCCGGCAGCUGGAGUUGGGGAGGUUUUGUCGGGAACGGGAAGUGGCUACACGAGUACCGCAGAGAAAAAUGUUCCAAGUGGUCAAACAGACGCCUCGUUAGGACUCGACGCCCUGCAUCUCUCGCCAAACCCUCAAACAAAUCUCUUGGAGAAACAUCAGCCGAGCGACACGCCACCGCACGCGGGCUCCAAAGAUACACGACUCCCAGCCACGGAUGACGUGGUUGACAGGAAGCGACAGGAACAGGACCAGGACGACCUGCUGAACCGCUUGGAGCAGCUGAUUGCGCAGACGACGCAGGCAAGCUACGCCGCGUUUGAAGACUCCGAACAAGAAGAGCGCGUGAACGCGGAGAUGAUGGGCAUGAUGAAGCCGAGUCUCGCUGAGAAGCUGCGCAGCUCGAACGAAUCAGCGCAGCAGAGACAAGUCGCAGCCAAUCCGGCGAACAAGACGCAAGAGUUUUCGACCGGAGCUACAGGAUCCACAUUCUUCCCGAAGCAGACGAAAGUGCCUUUGGCGCCCACGGACGGUCUCGAUGAUGACAAUCAUCCGCUAUUCGGGUCGCAGAAGAAGAAAAUUCAGGAGGCCAUGAACUCCACCGCGAAUACUGUGGAAGCAAGGAACCGUGUGGAAGAUCGGCAGAAUAAGAUGAAGGCGCUUAGGGAAAAGGUUUUGAAACAGGCGAAACAAAAACCAACAACGGGCAGUACAAGACCACCUCCGGCAAACAGUUCUUUCACGAGUUCUAACAUAGGUGGACAGUUCGCAGCAGCAGAGGUUCCAGGCAGUGGCGUCGGUAGUAGUCAACUGCAAUCUGAGAAGCAGGCAAUCGAGCAGCUGCUGCGCAGCAAAACGUACUUGUCGAAAGCAGAGCGGCAAACGUUCUUUCGCAAACAGAUGCUUUUACUGCAUCCGGACAAGCGGGUUCUCGAGGAGGACAAAAAUAGCACAGCCCUUUUUCAGCAUCUCAUGGAACAGCAAAAAUGGUUUCUUGGGCUGGAGUGAUGUUUCAAAAUCACAGGACGAUAAAGAGAAGCUCCCAGGGAGGUUUCGUAGUUUCCGUUUCAAUCAGAAUAUAAGAAGUACCUUCUACUUGUGAUAUCA